CAGAUAGCAUCGCCUGGACGGCCGUGGUGACAAGAUUCCAUCGCUCGGGGCGGGAAUAUGCCGGCUUAGGGUUUUGAGGCUAUGGCGGAAGAAGAAGCUCCAGCGAUGGCGGAGGAAGAAGAAGCUCCGGCUGCCGCGGUGGAGCCAGCGACAGUGCCAGCCGACGGCGACGAAGCGCCAAUGGAGGUAGAUUGGAGCGACGCUCACGAAUGGCUCGCGAGCCUGCCGAAGGGGCGGAAUGUGAGCGAGGAGGAGAUCGACGACUGGCUGGUGAGCAAUGGCGAGAUCUUAGGCGCAGAUAUCUUGAGCGUUCCUCGCGAGGUCGUGUAUGAGAAUCUCAAGAACCAGCACAAGAUUAUCCGGGGCGAUGAGUCACAGGGCGAUAAUCCAGUGCCUCGUUUCAAGCAGAGUGAUAAGUGGAAGCCUGUGUGGGGUUGGCUGGAAUCGCUCGACGAGGACACUCCCGUGGGACAAAAAGAGAUUGCCGAGUGGUUAAACCAGAAUCCUCGCGUGGAGUUUGAGCUCGAGUCUUGCCAGUCGCGACGCAACCUCGUCAAGUACAUCCAGAAGUGCUACUAUAUUGUGAUGAAGAAGAAGAAGAAGCAACGCCAAGAGCUAGCUCGAGAAGAGAGAAGGGAAAACUCUGGAAAACGUGGAAGAACAGAUCCCGAUCUUUCUUACACAGAAGAAACACCAAAGAAACCGACGAAGCAUGCCAGGACUAGCCGCAUGGAGUGGUCCAAACCCGUAUCGGACACUACUGGAAUCCUGGCGUUCCCGGCUGAUGACGACGAAGACAACCAUCUGUGGACAAUGGAUAAAGAAGUCGUGAAACGGAGAUACGAGCUGCUUUGUCAGUUACAAGUGAAGCUGCGGGAUCUCAUUUUGAAAGCUAGGGAGCAGCGGCGAGCAGGGAAUGGAUCCUUGGACGGGCGUCGAACGUCAAGUCUUAAGCUUACGAAGAGGCGAAAGAGCAGGACUUCGUGGUCCCGGAGAGCAAGUGCUUCCUCAGACUCGGAGCAAUCGAAUGGCCCGCCCGUGACGAACGAGACCACAGUGGAACCAUCUGUUAAUGUGUGGGCUUGUAGCCAUGCCUCGACAGAUGAGUAUGACAUGCAAAGUUGCAAAGGAUCCAGCACGCUCAAGCUCGUUUGGGAUCGUGAGGCAGGCUUGAAUUCUGGGUGUGGAUCUAGGGACAUCGGUCCCCGCCGCCGGAAGUGGACCGCUGCUUUCCAAGGCUGGUGGUCUCUUGAGAGGCGAUUCAAGGCGCCUGGCGUGAAGCUUGGACAGCGUUACUUCUCUUCGUGGAUGCCAACUUGGUCGGCCUACUCUUCCAGCGUGGCUCUUGCGCAACCUGCUCAGGAGGGACUUCAAAAGGUUUUGGAUGUUAGGUUCCAUCCUUGUGGAAGUCCACAGAUUGUUUGCGGUUGCAACGCUGCACCUAACGAGCUGCUUAUUUAUAACUUGAUCACUGGAAAAUCUAAAGCAUUGAGUGGACACAAUUGCCAGGUCCAAGCCGUGGAGUAUGCCUCACAGGGGUCUCUAGUUGUUUCAUGUGCUGAAAGCACUGUGAAGGUAUGGGAUUCAUCAACUGCUGAGUGUCUUUACACUCUGGGGCCUGGUUCUGACGAAAACAACGUGGCUGGUCAUAAGAAAAAAAUAUCUGCAAUGGCUGUUAAUCCGUCGCAAUCCUGCCUUGUGGCAACAAGUGGUGGUCAAGGCGAUCGGCAACUGCUUUUGUGGAACGUGGUAAGAGGAACGCUUGUAUCAGAGUUAAUCUCACAGGACAGGGAAGAUUUGCCUCCCAUGGAUGCUCUGGAGUUUUGUAACAACAACCUACUGAUAUGCGGAAGUGACUCGUCGCAAAAUGGCUCGGGUCUUGUUCAGAUCUGGGACGUGGAUGCGCUCCUUGAGUGUUGUAGAUUUCGAGCAAAUGACAUGUAUAUAACUUGCCUAAAGACUAAUCCAGCAGGAACAGUUAUGGUGACAGGCUCAGGCGAUGGAACAAUCGGCUUAUUUGAUAUCCGGAGCUGUGGUGCCAUCUCUAGACUACCUCUUGGCCCCCGUUGUGAGGUUACUUCCGUUUCUUACAGUUCCUGUGGAAGAUAUAUCCAGGCAUCUUGCACAGCAAACAGAGCGAUCGUUUGGGACACACGGUUAAUGCCAAUGGAGCCCCGUGACCCCUGCGUUAGCUCUCCACUGGCGGUAGCCACCCCAGGCUCCCGGGUUACAAAGGCGUUACACUGUUUGAGCCAUGGAAAGCCAAUGCCUACGGCAGAAAACACAUGUCAGCGUGCGGGCUUUGUGGAUGCUGGGGACCAAGGAGUAAAUGACGCUCGCUGGUUUAACAGCUCCCCUGUCCUGGUAACUGCAAGUGGAGAUGGUAGCGUCGCUCUUUGGGAUGUUACACUGGGAGAACCAUGCCUCCGUCAUUUGCAAAGUCAUUCCAGAUGUGUCAAUACGGUUUCUAUAUCUUCUGACGAUGAUUUCUUUUGCACUGGAGGGGAUGAUCAAAAACUGGUACUGUAUGAGAAUGUAUCGUUUUCAUCCCAUCGAAACUGGCGCUUAACGCACCCCUUGUUGUAAUCUCUUACAAUUAUCAAUGUAAUAUGGGCUUUACAUCACAAGUUUGAUACCAGGAGAACCAGCAACUCUGGCACCAACUUCUUGUUGAAAAGCGGAGGCCAUCGCGAAUCAGAAUGCUUGGAACUCAAGGAUCCAAGCGCGGCUGGAUAUGGGCGAUGGUGGCUGGGAGCUGCGCCGCCGGGGCUGCUAUUGCGGCCAAGCUCGCUUCACCAUCGAUCUCGUUCGAAGUGAAGCUCUUGUGCUAUGCCGCAGCAGUUGGAAGUAAUGUUCUCAUGUGGAGCUGCUACACCCAGAGUCUAGUGAUGCUCUCCUCGUUGCAAGCCACCGUGGUGAACUUCGCGGCGAACUUUCUCCUGUCGGGAGUGGCUGGCUGGUUUUUGUUUGGGGAAAAGCUCACGGCUCAGUGGUUUCUUGGUGCGUGCUUUAUCAUUCUGGGAAUCUUGGUCCUCACCAGAGCUGGAGUGGAAGAACAACGCAAAGUCGAACAAUAACAAGACACACCAAUCGCGAAAAUUAUAUCUUUGUUUAAAGAUGAUCCAUUCUCGCUAUACAUAUAUCUCUGUACAAAAGGCGGUAAUUCUUUUUCACUCGA